AUGGCGGCCAUGGCAGCGGCAACUGCAGACGCAUGGGGCGGGUACCCAGACAGCGGCAGAUGGCGAACCGUUAUCCCUCGCACCGAGGGGCUCAUGUACGAGGCGUGCACCAUCGACCAGGUGGGGAGGCUCUGCGAGGCGCGGGCGCGGCGGGCCCGCGGAGGAGCGAGCAACUCCGAGAGCGACUCCGGUAGCCGCUCCGACAGCGGCACAGACGGCUCGGAGACGGCUGAUCUCCUCGGCGAGCCCGACAGCGACUGCGGGGCAUGGGGGCCAGACGGAGAGUACGAGGAGGGCGAGACCGACCCGACAGCGAGCACAGCGGGCCGCGUCGCGGACGAGGUGCCGGCCGAAGCGUGCGCCAACAGGCGCGGAGGCGGCUUCAUCGCGGGGCUCUUCGGCAUCUUCGAGGUGGCCGUCGCGCUGCUCGAGGGCAUCAGG